CAAAUACCUUCCUCACUGAGCAUCUCAUGAAGCCUAAUAGAAACAAACAUUUAGCUUUUGAAACCUCGUGUUUGCUUUAAAAAACCAUUAUUAAGCACUGGAAAGCUGCCACAAGCAGCACUGCACAUUCCCACAGUUUUUUGGUGCUCACGGAUUCCUCUCGGUGGAAGUAACUGCAGGGCAGGUUGUACAGGAGCAGGGGUUCCCAGGAAGCUCCUGCAUGAAACCCAGCCAAGGCCAAUCAAUUACCAAGGAUUUCAGAAGCCACAUUUUCCACUGCGACCAAAGCUGUUUGAUGCCAGUGUUAUAGGAGACGGUGUGUUCCUUUCCGAUGUCUCUCCUCCCAGUGUAGGACGUGCCCUCCCAGAGAAGAAGAAAGGGAGGUCGGCCACCUUCUACCCUCUAGACAACACCCCCUUCCUGCUUCCUGUGGAUGAGACACAGCCACCAGCGUUCACCAGCAGCAUGGAGCCCGUGGGUGCCAGCACAGAGAUGGCAUUGCUCAGCAACAUCCUAGCAGCGUACGCCUUCGUCACAGAAACCCCCGAGCGGGCCGCUCUGUAUUUUGUCUCCGGGGUGUGCAUCGGACUCGUGCUGACCCUGCUGGCCCUGGUGCUGAGGGUGUCCUGCCGCACAGACUGCAAACGUUCCUCCACCAAAAAACCUCCCCGGGAGAGCGAGAGCGACAGCAGCGACAGCGACGGGGAUUCGGACAGCACGUCGGACGUGUCGGCCCGCAGGCACCGCAGGUUCGAGAGGACUUUGAACAUGAACGUCUUCACUUCGGCGGAGGAGCUGGAGAGAGCGCAGCGGCUGGAGGAGCGGGAGCGCAUCAUCCGCGAGAUCUGGAUGAACGGCCAGCCCGACAUCCCCGGCACCAGGAGCCUCAACCGCUACUACUGAGUGCUGGCAGCCCGGCCGUCCCGCUGCGCCACGGGGCUCCUCCGGCCACGCCUGGCAGAAGGGAGGUGCUGAGGAAUGCCGUGUGCGUGGCCCUUCUUUUCCUUCCAGGAGUGCUGUGCGAUGGACAGCAAUAAAGCUUUCGCUGUCUCCUUUUCCCUGA